AUGGUUGGAACUAUGGAGUCAUUUGAGAAGAACACGGGCUUACCUGAUAUGACAAAAAAAAUGGUCACUACUCUUUUAGAAAAAUUAAAUUCUAGAUUCAGAGGCUAUGAAGACAAUGAAAUAGUAACACAAGCAGCUCUUCUGGAUCCGAGAUUUAAGAAGUUGGCUUUUGAUGGAUACCAUGUCCGAAAAUUAGAAAUUGCCAUGGAUCAGCUCAAAGCAAAAGUCUGUCAAGUGACAAUAACUGAAACAGAAAACCCCACGACAGUUUUAGGUACAAAUAAUAAUUCUGUUCCUUCCACCUCCACAUCAUUGGUUUGGAAAAUGUUUGAUGAUCAAUACUCACAAAAUAAUGUAAGAGUCAAUCCAACAGCAGCAGGCAUCAUUGAGUUGGACAAAUAUAUGAAUGAACCACUCAUAAAUCGACAUGAAGAUCCGUUAAAAUAG